GAGUACAUUUGCAUUAUUUUUUGCAAUAUUGAAACCUGGAGCUCUGUGAUUGAGAAGAUAUACAUUGGACAUGCUUCUACCAUUUUGCACCUCAGAUAUCGUCCUAUCGAUAAUAUUGAUAGCCAUCGUAGUUGUUUGCGCAUUAACCUCAAUCAUUACGGUACAAUUAUAUGUUGACGUUCUUGCUGAUUUCGUAGCCCAAUGAAAUAUCAUAAUAGGCCACUUUUUCUGUGUAUAAAUGUAAUAUUUGUAGGAUUAAUAGGCCGUCCUUCACACCGUGUAGUCAGUAGUAGAUAUUGUAACCUAAAUACCCAGCUAGCUACAGUGAGUUACAACACAAAAAGUAGCUAGCUAGAUACAUCAGCCGACUGCCUUCCAUAGCUCCCGCUAACGUUACUAGUUAGCUAGCUGUAACAGUGAUACCGCCACGUCUUCUUAUCCUCCCACCCGGAUACUGAGUGACCCUUUACAAUGGCCGCUGCAAGAAAGCGUAAGCUAUCGGGCAUCGAAGAUGUGAUUGACAGAAAAGCAAAGAUUAUCAAAGACAGCGGUGAGAAGAGACACAUUGCAGCCCUGAUCCUCGCGCGGGGAGGUAGUAAGGGGAUCCCCCUGAAGAAUAUCAAAAUGCUAGCCGGUGUCCCCCUCAUUGGAUGGGUUCUGAGAGCUGCAGUGGACUCCAAACAGUUUGACAGUGUGUGGGUAUCAACUGACCAUGAUGACAUUGAGAAGGUGGCCAAGGCAUGGGGAGCUCAGGUUCACCGCAGGAGCCCAGAGGUGUCCAAAGACUCAUCCAGCUCUCUGGACACCAUCCAGGAAUUCGCUAGAUUAAACCCAGAGGUGAAUGUGAUCUGUCACAUCCAGGCCACGUCUCCCUGCCUGCACCCCUUCCACCUGAAGGAGGCCCUGGAGAUGAUCACCAACCAGGGCUGCCAGUCCGUCUUCUCCGUGGUCCGACGACACCACUUCCGCUGGCAGGAGGUCAAGAAAGGAGGUAGUGUAGCCACCCAGCCUCUCAACCUGGAUCCAUCCAACAGGCUCCGGAGACAGGACUGGGAUGGAGAGCUGUGUGAGAACGGAUCUUUCUAUUUCUCCACCAGAGCCCUUAUCGAGAAAGGCGUACUGCAAGGGGGAAAGUGGGCUUACUAUGAGAUGCUGCCAGAGUACAGUGUGGAUAUUGAUGUUGAUAUCGACUGGCCCGUGGCAGAACAGAGAGUACUGAGGUUUGGUUACUUUGGCCUGGACAAGCCUGAGGUGGUGCGCCUGCUGCUGUGUAACAUCUCAGGCUGUCUGACUGAUGGCCGCGUCCUCAUCUCUGUCUCUGGAGAGGAGAUGGUCUCAGUCAACACCAGAGAUACCAUGGGUAUCCGCAUGCUGCAGAGAGAGGGGGUGGAGGUGAUCUUGAUAUCCUCCAGUGAGGACCCCCAGACCAAGGCCCUGGCUGACAAGCUGUCCCAGAGGACAGGCUGCGAGGUCAGGCAGCUGGGCAAGGACAUCCAAGGUGAGGUCAAAGCCAUGAUGGACGACAGGGAUCUGGACUGGAAGGAGGUCGCCUAUAUGGGUAAUGAUGCACCAGAUGUUGACUGUCUGAACCUGGCUGGGCUGAGUGCAGUACCCCGGGACGCCCCAGUGGUGGCGAUCAACGCUGCUAAAUACUCCUGCCACAAUGCUGCAGGGCUGGGGGCUGUGAGGGAGUUUGCUGAACACAUCCUGCUGCUGAAGAAGAAGGCCAAGUCUCAGAUGGAACAGGACCGCAUACACAGAAGUACAUUCUAAACUCUAGAAUGUCUUCUAAAGUCACACAGAUCCAUUCUAAACUCUAGAAUGUGUUCUACAGUCACAGAGAUCCAUUCUAAACUCUAGAAUGUGUUCUACAGUGACAGAGAUCCAUUCUAAACUCUAGAAUGUGUUCUACAGUCACAGAGAUCCAUUCUAAACUCUAGAAUGUGUUCUAAAGUCACAGAGAUCCAUUCUAAACUCUAGAAUGUGUUCUAAAGUCACAGAGAUCCAUUCUAAACUCUAGAAUGUAUUCUGAAGUAGGGAUGGACAUUUUAAAUAAUUUCACUAUUCGAAAAAUAUCAUGACAUUUUUUCGGAUAUCCGGAUAGUUUUAAACGUGGACACUUGUUUGCUGCGCAGCCUGCACAACUCGGGAGAAACUGUGGGGGCAGGGACCGGUGGUGUGCGACACAGUUGGGAGAUAUAAAAAGUAGCCACUGACUCGCGCUAGUUAGAUAACCUAUGGCAUUUACAAGUGUCUAUCAUCCCAUCUGGCAGUGCAUGUCUUUACUGCAUCAAAUCAAUGUAAAGAUGCUAGCUAAAACAGCCAAACGUUAGCUAGCUAGGCUAGUUGAGGCCAUUUUGCUGCGCUCCCUGGCCAUGUCUACAACAGCCCAAUUCAGAUUAAACAGCCUACCUGAA